AUGUGGGACUCUUUCUCUCUUCCUCCCUCCCUCCUGCUCUUUCUCUCCCCUCACCGCUCUCUCCCCACCAUCUCCAUCCCUCCUUGGUCUUUCUCCUUCCUCCCUCCGUCUUACCCUCCGCUCUUUCUCUCUCCUCCUCUCCUCCUCGCUGUCUCCAUCUCUCCCUCAGAGCUCUCUCCCCACCAUCUCCUCACAGCUCUCUCUCCCCCCACCAUCUCUCUCCUGCUCUCCGCCCACCAUCUCCCUCACAGCUCUCCCUGCCCCACCCUCUGCCUCUCACAGCUCUCUCCCCACCAUCUCCCUCACAGCUCUCCUGCCCCACCCUCUCCCUCACAGCUCUCUCCCCACCUCUCCCUCACAGCUCUCCGCCCCACCCUCUCCCUCACAGCUCUCUCUCGCCCCACCCUCUCCCCUCACAGCUCUCUCUCCCCCACCCUCUCCCUCACAGCUCUCUCUCCCCCCAUCUCCCCUCACAGCUCGCUCGCCCCACCAUCUCCCUCACAGCUCUUCCGCCCCCACCCUCUCCCUCACAGCUCUCCUCUCUGCCCCACCCUCUCCUCACAGCUCUCCCGCCCCACCCUCUCCUCACAGCUCUCCCGCCCAUCCCCUCCCACUCUCUCCUCACCACCCUCUCCCUCACCUCUCCCUCCUCGGCCCCACCCUCUCUCUCACAGCUCUCUCGCCCCACCCUCUCUCUCCUCUCUCUCGCCCCACCCUCUCCCUCUCUACAGCUCUCCCGCCCCACCCUCUCCAUCACAUCUCUCCCGCCCCACCCUCUCCCUCACAGCUCUCCCGCCCCACCCUCUCCCCCUCACAGCUCUCCUGCCCCACCCUCUCCAUCACAGCUCUCUCUCUGCCCCACCUCUCUCUCUCACAGCUCUCCCGCACCACCCUCUCCUCUCACAGCUCUCCUGCCCCACCCUCUCCAUCACAGCUCUCUCUGCCCCCCCCACCCUCCCCUCUCCAGCUCUCCUGCCCCACCUCUCUCCUCACAGCUCUCUUGCCCCACCUCCCUCCCUCACAGCUCUCCGCCCCACCCUCUCCAUCACAUCUCUCUCGUCCCACCCUCUUCCUCACAGCUCUCUCGCCCCACCCUCUCCCUCACAGCCCUCUCGCCCCACCCUUCUCCCUCAAUCGUGA